AUGUGGUUCUCUCUACCGUGCUUUUUUGUGGUGUCAUCUUGUGAAGUGGUACUUUUAGUGCCGGAACUCGAAAAGGAAUCGUUUGAAGUGACAGAUGACGUUGAUGGAUGUGCGGAGAAAUUGAAUGUGAGAGAAGGAAAGAACGAGACUCCUAGUUGCUCGGAGACGGAUGAGAAAGUGCUGGUGGUGGUUGGAGACGUGGAAGAUGAAAAGGAUUCGGUUGGAGACGUGGAUGAAGAAGCGCUGGAUUCAGUUAAAAACGUGGAAGACGAGUCGGAUUCAGUUGGAGACGUGGAUGAAGAAGCGCUGGAUUCAGUUGGAGACGAGGAAGACGAGUCGGAUUCAGUUGUAGACGUGGAAGAUGAAAAGGAUUCAGUUGUAGAAGUGGAAUAA